UCCAUUCAAUUGUUAGCCAGUGCCGGAGUCGAGCAGUGCAGUGUCAAACGGAUUACCAGAUACUCACCCCCAAGGAAUCAAAUCAAAUCGAAAUGGCCGCCAACCAAAAGAUUGUUUUUGCCCUCGUGUGCCUCGUUUUGGCCUGUGAUUUGGUGAUGGGUCAGCAGCAGGCGGCCAACAGCUCCGAUGCGGCCACGGAUGUGGAGGAAAGCCGUACUUUUGGCCAUCACUUCCUGCGUCGCAUCAGCUUCGCCUUGGUGCCCGGCGCCUUCGUAGUGGGUGUGAUUACCACCCUCCUGGCGGCCUUGACCGUGGUCUCCAUCAAGGGAUUGGGCGUGGGAGUCAUCCUGCUGGUGCUGGCUAUCGGCCAGAUGCUCUCCCGUGCGCUUCCCGUCCAGGCAGCCGCUGCCUACGCUGCUGCUCCCGUUCCCGUCCAGGCUCCAGUGCCCGUGGUCUACUCCCAUUCGCACACCCAGCAGCCCGUCUGGUUGGAGAAGGAGUGGUAAUAAGAUCAAUCGAUUAAGAAAGGAUUUUACGAUGAAAGAGGGAUAACGGCGAGCUGGUAGCAGGCCAGGAUUCAAAUUUACCUCAGCCUCAGCGAGCAUGCAACCAAAUAAUAAUUUAAGUCUAGUUUAAAUUAUUUAUUUAACUUAUUUAUUUAUUACAAGUCAAGGAUGGCAAAGUCAAUCAGCAGAGAAUCUUUGUUGUAGAAUAAUAAUGAAGAUUAGUCUGCUGAAUGAAAAGAACAAUCUAAAUCAACAAACUUUCAUCAACAGAUUGUUGAUCUUAGUAAGAAUUUCCAAUGAAAAAGGUUUUACAAAAAAUAAAAGCAUUGAAAAAAUA